AUGCUCUGCGCGCUGCCCGUCGCCGAUGCGGAGAACGUCGAAGACCUCGUGGGCCGCGUGCUCGGCUCCGACCGCGCGUCGGACACGACGCUGCUCUUGGAGUUGGCGGCGCUGCUCGAGUCGAUUGCGGAGCACGCGAGCAGGGUGCGCGUCCAGGAGAAGGUUCUGGAGAUCAAGGAGCGCGAGUUUGGGCCCGAUCACGCGCACGUGGCCGGCGCGCUGACGAACCUCGGGAGCGCGUACGGCUCCCUCGGUGACAACGCCAAGAGGCGCGACCUCCUCGAGCGCGCGCUCGCGAUCCGGGAGCGCGAGUACGGCCGCGACCACGUCCAGGUGGCCAUCGCGCUGAAGAACCUCGGGAACGCGUACGGCUCCCUCGGCGGCACGGCUAAGAGGAGGCGCGACCUCCUGGAGCGCGCGCUCGCAAUCGAGGAGCGCGAAUACGGCCGCGACCACAUCAAGGUGGCCAGCACGCUGGUUUUUUUAGGGGACACGUACGGCGACCGCGGCGACUACGCCAAGGCGCGCGACGUCCUCGAGCGUGCGCUCGCGAUCAACGAGCGCGAGUACGGCCGCGACCACGUCGCGGUGGCCGUUACGCUGACGAACCUCGGGGUCGCGCGCGGCUCCCUCGGCGACAACGGGAAGAAGCGCGACCUCCUCGAGCGCGCGCUUGCGAUCUUCGAGCGCGCGCUCGGGCGAGACCACGUGCAGGUGGCCCACACGCUGAACCGCCUCGGGACCGCGCACGGCGACCUCGGCGACGCGGCGAAGAAGCGCGAGCUCGUCGAGCGCGCGCUCGCGAUCCAAGAGCGCGAGUACGGCCGGGACCACUUGAAGGUGGCCUACACGCUGAUGAACCUCGGGAACGCGUACGGCGACCUCGGCGACGCGGCCAAAGCGCGCGAGCUCCUCGAGCGCGCGCUCGCGAUUUUCGAGCGCGAAUACGGCCGCGACCAUCCGAAAACCGCGUAUUGCGCCGCGCGGCUCGAAAAAAACGCGCAGCAGUUACUGUGCUGA